AUGUCGCUCGGUCACAACGCCUGGCCCCCGGGCAAUAUCCGUCCUCCCGAUGAGCAUCUGGACUCGCCGCGCCCUGUCAAUGGCUUGGUCAAGACAUUAUCUGGCUCGCGAACUCCCCAAAUACGCGGGUCUGUCAGCGCCGACGGGCCGAACCCGGGUAGUAUGACAUCGGAGCCCGAUAUGGCAGUCGAGGAGGACCCGCGCAUUGCCCAAUUCCGCGAUCUCUAUCGGCGCAGCGAAGCGAAAAUCAACGCGCUCUUUUCUGCUCAAUCUGUCCCGGCUGACACUGCCGGCGCCGCGGGCGCGGAGCCUGACCAGGUGGAAGGUCAACCUGAACGCGUCGAUGCGCCGGCACCCCCUUCGGCCGCCCCGACCAAACCUGCCCGCAAGCUUGACGACGAUUAUGAUGACUACGAUGAGGACGAGGAUGUGGAAAUGGCUGAUUCGACCGAAUCGCCCUUGAAAGCCAAGUCUAUUCCGCCGUCGCAGGAUACCGGCACCGCUGCACCUCCGUCCCAACGUACCGGUACCGCAGCCUCUCUUGUUGCUGAACAGAUGAAAGAAUCGAAGAAAGAAACAAUGGAAGAUAUUCGGAAACAGCUCGAAGAAGACAAGAAAGCAACGGAAGAAGCUGCCAGGAGAAGCUUCCACACCAUCUUCUAUACUCUUGAAAAUGACCGCGAUGCUAUGCUGGACCAGCAGCGGUUGGAGGAAUCCGAGCGACAAGUGGAGGCAGAGAUCUCCGGCCAGGCCAAUGGCGGUGGGAGUAACGCCGCUGUUGGUUCAAAUGGCUAUAGUUCUCUGAGUAAUACAAACCUGGGUGCAUCCAGCUUGACACUGAAGAAUCUCAUUGCUCGAAUUGACAAAAAGCGCGACAUGGUACAAGCAUCCGAUGCUGAGCUUCGAAGUCUCCUGAGCGAAGUACGCAAGAAUCGCAGUAAAUGGGCCAGCGAAGACAAGAUUGGCCAGGAAGAGCUAUAUGAAUCUGCAGAAAAGGUCCUUAGCGAGCUCAAGGCCAUGACAGAACAUUCUACUGCUUUUUUGACCCGUGUCAACAAACGGGAUGCCCCGGAUUACCACACGAUAAUUAAACACCCGAUGGACCUCGGAACGAUGACGAAGAAGCUCAAAAGCUUGUCCUACCGUUCGAAGCAGGAUUUUGUGGACGAUCUCAACCUCAUCUGGUCGAAUUGUUUGAAAUACAACACUAACCCUGAGCAUUUUCUACGAAAACAUGCCUUAUACAUGCGAAAGGAGACCGAGAAGCUAGUUCCUUUGAUUCCCGAGAUUGUCAUCAGAGAUCGUGCUGAGGUUGAAGCUGAAGAGCGCCGAAUGCAACUUGCCGAACUUGACGGUGCCGAGGAAAGUGAUGAUGAACCUAUCAUGUCUUCUCGAGGAAGAAAGGCCCCUGGGAAAUCGUCGAAGAAAGGCACCGCACCCUCCCGCAAUACGCCUAGCGGAUCUGAAGGCCCUUCGGGUGCUCCGGCCAGUCAGCCUCCGGCACCUGUCCGUGCAGAUUCUGAUACGGCCAUGGAAUCAGGCCAGAAUGGUUUCUCUACCCCUCCACCUGGAUCACACACACCCUCAGACCCUGCAGGCGUGGGCGUAGGGGCUGCAGCAAGCCAACAGUGUGAUUCUAUGGAGAUCGACGCCCCUAUAAUCUCUACUGCAUCUCUCAGUGCUCUUUCAGUCCCUGGAAUGGAACUAGAAGACCCUGAGUACAAAGUAUGGAAGCAAGUCACGAAAAAGGAUCGAGCUCUCAUUGCCGCUGAACGGCACCGUCUUCUCAAAAGCGACAAACUCAACCCUGACGAGCCAGCUCUGCUCCGGACAAAGGCCGGUAUGCGGCGAUGGCUUCGUCACGAAAAGCAAGCUGCUAUCGAAGCUGACAAAAUCCAAGAUGCCGGUGCCCAGACAAUGGAACCCGCGGCCCCUGGAGAGACACUUGCAGAGGGUAUCGAGGUUGAAGAAGACAAAAUGGUUCCUUAUUACUACGACGUUAUGUCUGGUGUCCCAGACCUCCCAGAACGACUUGCCUGGAAAGAAGAUGCAGAGGGCAAUGUUGUGGAUGCCUCUGAAGAGUACCUCAGAAUUCUUCCCAAGGACUCUUUCACGCAGCCAGAUAGCAAAUUGACUCGCAAAUUUAAUGACAACAUGCGACAAAUGCAAGAUACACGUAAGAUUUGCUCGAAGAUCGGCAUUGUGAAGCAAAUGCAGCUGCAGUCUCAGAUGUAUCAAAACCAAUUCCAGAAGUACCAACCCGAACCUUUUGCCGAGCAAGAUGUUGCACCUCACGUCAUGAACGACGAUGGCCCCGUGAUCGCUCCAGGAACUUGUCGGGCCGCGCUGCAGCGAUCAGUCGCCAAGAUCUUCUAUCACACUGGCUUUGAGGAGUACCAACCAUCGGCUCUUGAGGUUGUUACUGACAUUACAGCCGACUUUUUCCACAAGAUCGGCGAAACGAUCAAAUCCUAUAUGGAAGCACCCAAAGUUCCCGCAGUUGAAUCUGAGGACCCUGCUUCAUCUGCCGCUGACUGGAAACCUGCGUAUACCGAGCCGGAGAUGGUACUUCACACCCUUGGGGCGGUCGGUAUCAACAUCGAUGAGCUUGAGUCCUAUAUUAAAGAUGAUGUUGAGCGUCUCGGAACUAAGCUUUCCACUGCCCACGAUCGCCUCAAGAUGCUUCUCACAGAGCUCCUCCGGCCCGCCUUUGCGGAUGGCGGCGAAGACGGAUCCCAUGCCUUUGCGGAUGGAAGCGAGCAGUUCGUUGGAGGCGACUUUGCUGAGGAUAUCGAUGAGGACUUCUUUGGAUUCAAGGAGCUGGGUCUUGACCGUGAGUUCGGUCUUGCGACUCUUAGCGUGCCACUUCAUCUACUUCAGAACCGUAUGUUUAAUGCGGCACGCUCCCAAGACACAAGCUCUAUUCAAGCGAUUGACCUCUUCCCACCACCUCCGCCUUAUGUCCGUAUCUCGGUGGAUAACUUGCCCAAUCAGAUCGGACUGGUGCAAUCGUUCUUCAAGGGCAAAUUGGAUGCGCAUAGCGAUGAGCCCCUCGUCGAAGAUCUUGAAUUACCACCCAAACAGAGGCCAAUGGCUGCUAAACCCCGUCUCCCGGCUUCCGGUAAGAUUCCUGCGAUAGCUGGAGUCUUGGGUGCUACAUCAAGCCCGCAGAAGCGACCUGUACCGCCGAAUGCAGCCAGUACUUCCAAACCAGGGCCUUCAGAACCAAGCAAAAAGAAGAUCAAAAAGAAUAGCGGUGUCGCAUUAGAGAUGCCUAAUUUCAAUAUCGAUGGUGAUGCCGACCAACCCAACGCCACAAACGAGACUAAAGACUUCAUGACCGAUCUUACACCCAAACCCGAAGAUUCCAACAUGCCGGAUGGCACUGGUGAGCUCAGUGCCAGCCAACAGGAUAACACUGUUCCGAUGACAAAUGGUACUACGACAUGA